GAAAGAACAAUGGAAAAGUGCUUCUAAUCUUACCAUAUCAGUAAAUGUGAAAAAAAAAAGAAAAAAAAAGAGUGUAUUCAUGUAUCAAUUAAAUAAAGUCAACUCUAAUUUAGAGUAGAGAUCCCUUCAUAGAAUGCCAUAAUUAUGCUCUCCCUCUUUCUUUGACACUGUCUCUCUUCUCCCCUUAUAAACCCUUUUUUUUUCAAGUUUUUAAAGUGUUACAUGACUCAUCUAUAUUUGGAUUAUUUCUUCCUCCAAAAGGUAAUAUUAUUUACCUAAAUAAAUAUUAGUGGAUGAUAAUAACAUCAAAUCUAAAAAAAAAGAAGUUGGAAUAGAGAAAAACAGCAAGACUUUUAAUUUUUCUUCUAGCCUUUUUUUCUCCAUUGCUCUGUCGCUUCGUUUUCCUUUGUUCUGUCUCUCCGAAUUCCUCUUAUCUUUUAACCAAAAUUUCAUUUUCGUGUUCGUGUUUGAAAAAUCUCUGUCAUCAAAUGGGGUUUAAACUAUUUCGAUGCUCUUGUUCUUCUUCCCCAGAAGGGGUCAAGAAAUAAGAAAAAACAGAGCAUUAAAAUAUCAAAAAAAGUAUAAAGAGAAAGAUCCGAUUAAAUAGGAUUUGUGUUUUUUCGAUUUGGGGUGUUGAUGGAAAUGGCGUCCUCUGAGGUAGAUAUGUCUUCAUGCCAAACUUUUAAUUGCGUCUUGAGUCGUCCUCACGAGAGAUGCACCCAAAGAGACAACAACAACAAGAAGAAGAACAAAAACAAUGUCCGAAACGUACACGUCGCCGCCUUCGAGAAGAAUCUCAAUGUUUUUGUCAGAGAUCAUCUCGAAAACUGUAGCGUCUCUAUUGCUGAUGAUGUUGAUGAUUCCACCAAAGCUGUUCCGGAAUGUUCUUCUUCCAACAAAUCCUCUGUUUCAGAUCAUCGGUUCUCGAAAACAGAGGAAUCUCGGCAAGACGUCCCUUCAUCGUCUUCUUCUCUAGGAUCCGACCAAGAUCCGAAUUCGGGUCAACCUGAGAACCCGUCAAGGGCUGCUUCUUCUUUGGUUCAGAUAUGGGAGGCGAGGACAACGCAGCAACCACCGAGCUCGAACCAAUCCUUAAUCGAUAGUCGAACGAGUUCAAUGGGAUCAAACGCUUUAGAGAAUUCGGAGUCUCUCGAAUCCGUUAAAGAAUCUGAAAUGAUUCAACCGAUCGAAGAAGGUAACAAUGAAGAGGAAGAAGAAGGGAUUGAAUGUGUAUCACAAUCUGUCCCUCCACCUCCAGAUUCUGGAGAGAAAGAUAGAGAAGGGGUUAGAGUUAUGGAUAUUAUUCGGAAACUAAGCAACGACUCCGAAACGAUGACUAACAAUGAUAAUGGAAGCAGCAGCAAUGACAAUAGUAAAGAAGUUCAGACAACAGAAGCAAGAAGUUUUCCUCAGGUUGCUUGUUCCCCAAGAAUAAGAGGUCGUCAAGCGUUGGCUGAUUUAUUGGUGCAGAUGACGCGUGAUCGAGAAAAGGACUUGGCUUGUUUACGAGAACGUCAUUGUGUUUCAAAGUUCACAAAUCGCGGACGGAUUCAGUCGACGCUUAGAAUUCGAUGUUACGAAAUGUGCAUUGCGAUUCAAGGUAGACAUCGGUCUAAAUCAACAUCAGCAGGAUCUGAUUCAAACCGGUCAUCAAGAGGGUCUGGUGUGAUGCAUCUUCUCAGGGAGAAAUAUAAGGGAAAUUCUGAGAACAUUGAGACUGGAGCUUCAUCUAGUAAUGUGUCUACUCGGGGUCGGAUUAUGGAUAAACAUCCUCACAAAGCUACAGAGAAGAAGGUUUUGCAAGAAACAAUAGAGAAGAGUGGAUUAAAGGAGGUGCUUUCUGCGGUUGAAAAUGCGAAGAAAGCUGUCUUGAGUGAGAUUUCAGAGAAUAAGAGUAGUUUAAAGAAACCUGAAGGAGGAACUAUUCAGAAGGAAACUACAGACAGGAGAGGCGAAAAGCGAGAGACGAAGGAGAAAGUUGUUUCCAAAGAAAGUGUUGACGGGAAAGGUGAGAAGCAAGAAUUAACAACGGAGAAAACUAUUGCUAAGGAAAAUGUUGACGGGAAGGCUUUGGUUGGAAUAGCUGAGAAGGUGAAUCUAUGGAACUCAGAGGAGAUAAUGAAUAGAAGAAAAGUGGUGGAGAAAGGUAAAACUGUAGGCAAAGCUAAUACUGAGAGAGUUGAGAAAAAUGAUGUAUUGGAAGAAGCUACAAGAAGAAUUAGUAAUGCCGAAAGUGCCGAAAGAAGCAGCACUACUACUUCAAGGGAAAUGAUGAUGCCGCGGUGUGAGUUUUCAGAGAAUGUAGACAGAAGAAAGGAAAAGAAAGAUUGUGUUUCAGUGGAAACUAAGCCCAAAGAAAUUGAAAAUAGAAACAUUAAACCUCAAGAAGUUACUACACAAGCAGAUAGUUGUUUGCGUAAACCGGCAGAGGAAAAAGUUUUGCAGGAGACAACGGCAAAGAAUGACUUAAAGAAACCUCUUGAGAAGGAAAGUAGAGAAGGGAGGCGAGAAAUGGUGGAAAGUGUAGAAGAAAACACUUUGAUGGGAAUAGCAGAGAAGGUGAAUCUUUGGAACUCCAAGGAGACAAAGAAUAGGAGAAGAGCUAUGGAGAAAGGAAAAGGUAAAACUGAAGGCAAAGCUUAUAAUGAGACAAAUGAAGUGUUGCAAGAAGCUUCAAGAAGAAUCAGUAAUGUCGAAACUGCGGAGAGAAGCAUUGCUACUUCAAUGGAAACGGUGGAGAAAGUUGUUGGUAACAAAGUUAUGAUGGAUAAAAGAGAGAGUAUUGGAGAAACUACGCGGAGUAAAUCGGCAGAGAAAGAGGAAGAUUUGGCUUCUGUAGAAGCCAAGUCCAAAGAGAUUAUUGAGAAUAAAAACAUGAAUCCCCAAGCUGCAAGUGGCUUUAGAGAGAGGGAUAAAGAGAAGAACUCUUCACAACAUGGUGAAGCUAAGUCAACUAAAGAGAUUGAGAGAAACAAUUCUCAAGAAGUUACACAAGAAGAAAAAUCUGUGAGUCAUGGCUCUAGAGAAAGGGAUAAAGAGAGAAGUUCCUUACAACACUGCGAAAAAAUGAGCUUUCUGCGAAACUCAGAAGCUAAGUCUACUACAGAGAUUGAGAGAAACAAGUCUCAAGAAGUUUCACAAGAAGAAGAUUCUACAAGUCAGGGCUCUAGAGAGAGGGCUAAAGAGAAAAUUUCUUCACAACAGGAUGAUGAAUCGUCGGUUCUGAGAAAUCCAAAUGACCAAAAUGGCAUUAAGGAAUCGGAGGAUGAAGGAAGCAAGAAGGUAGAACGCGAAGAAAAGGGAGAAAAUGUGGAAGCAGCAGUAGAGUUUGUAAAUGUUUGGGAUGAAAACGAAAUAGAAGAAGAAGAAGACGAAGAAUAUGGAGAGUAUGAUCAUUUUAUUGGAGAUGAUGAUUGGAUUCAUGAUAUAUCGCGGCCUCGAAGUUACUGGGAAGAUCUAAGGAAAGAAAGAUAUCUUGAGGUUCUCAACACUGAAUCAGAGAAAAAAGAUAUUUGCAAUCUCAUUGAGAGACGAACAGUUUCCAACUUUUUGACGAGCGACUUGCGGCAAAAGAUCGAUAAUUUGAUGAUUAAUCGCGUGCAAAGUCAUAUAGGCGUACCACUCAAUCAAAUAGAAGAAGGAGACGAAGAUGAAGAAGAGUGGGAAGUUGAGUGUUCAGCAAGGAACCAAGAAGAUAAUGAACCAGAGGAAGAACCAGAGAAGACAAAUCUUGAAGCUGCAAGCGAUGUUUGCAGCCAAUCAUCAGCAAGGAGUAGCACGAUGAUGUCUUGGACUUUCAGGGAUCAAGACAUUGACAAGGAUAACGAACCGACAACGUCGUCUUUGUCUCUUCUUGAACCUUCAGUCCCCACAGAUCAAUCUACACAGGACAUGCAAACGAUAAGUGAUCUCAGGAGUCAAAUGGAGCAACUUCAACGAGAAAUGCUCGAGCUACGGAAUUCCGUUAAAUCUUGCAUCGAUAUGCAACUUCAUUUCCAGAAAUCUGUAACUCAAGAUCUGUCUCGUUCUGGCUCAUCUGCAGAACAACGAGUAGACACGAAGAAAGAUCCUUUGAAACGAAAAUGUUGCGUUUGCUCUGAGAUGCCUGUUGACUCGCUUCUGUAUAGGUGUGGACAUAUGUGCACAUGUCUGAAAUGUGCUCAUGAAUUGCAAUGGAGCAGUAAGAAAUGUCCGAUAUGUAUGGCUCCAAUUGUUGACGUUGUGAGGGCUUUUCUUGAUUCUUAGGACCCAAGAAACCAAGAAAAUAUUGAUAGUUUCUCCAUUGAUUUGGAAAUGUGACACACCUGAAUAUACAUAUAAUAAACUCUUUUUUUUUUUUGGUUGUGUUUUGCCAUAUAAUUUCAAAUGAAUGUCGAAGUUACUCUUAAA